CACAAUUCAGUUCGUCGUCGUUUGUCUUACGUUAAACACAGCAACGCUUCAAUACAGAACGUACGAUUAAAACCAGUUUCAAAAUACAUAUAAAUAAAUACUAAUACAAAACCAACAACCAAAUAAAAAAUAUUAACAAGCCGCUGGAUAUACAACAACGGCAAAUAAAGAAUAUUUGUGAUACAAUUUUACAAAACACUUGCGGGCAACGGCGGUUAAACAAAACAAACCCCAAAGAAGAAAUGCAGUUUAGUUGAGAAAAUAAUCCAACCUGCAAUCUGCUUGACACGUAGAGAAAGAAAGAAAGAAAGAUAUUGUGAUAGAUACCUACCUACAAAAAAGGUGUGAAGUGAGUCCAAAUUAAGAAAGAGUUCAAUCGACUCGACAGGAAAAUAAAACAGUGUCGUUAUGUUGAUCGGUUCGCAUCCCUAUCUGUGCAAUCCAGCAGCAGGCGUUAUGUCAGCCGACAACGUGCCCGUCGCGGCCGCAGCAAAUCCCACAACUACAACAACAAACAGCAAGAUCGCCGCCGGGUCUGCAACAGACUUUUCUAUUGCAGCGAUUAUGGCCAGAGAAGACGCCUCUAGUCGGGAGUCAUCCGUUAGAAGUGCCAGUCCCAUUUCCAUAGAGGAUGAAGUCGAUGUUGAUGUGGUCGACUGCAGUGAUUCGGAAGAGCCACCAUCCAAAACCCGCCGUCUGAACAAUUCCACAUGUAGUACCAACAGCACUGGAAACGUAUCUCAAACCCGUCUAAAUACCAGCACGGCCUCCAGUGUUGGUCGCUCUACGCCGCCUCAAUCGCCGGCCAGUGACAUCGACGGCGAGCGCUCUUCGCCCGAACCAGCUCCCAAAGCGCCCAAAAUCGUGGGAUCAUGCAAUUGUGAUGACUUGAAACCAGUCCAAUGCCACCUGGAAACCAAGGAGCUGUGGGACCGUUUUCACGACCUGGGCACGGAGAUGAUUAUCACCAAAACUGGAAGACGCAUGUUUCCUACUGUCCGCGUAAGCUUUUCGGGGCCGCUGCGGCAAAUACAACCGGCCGACCGUUAUGCUGUUCUGCUCGAUAUUAUCCCAAUGGAUUCGAAACGCUACCGCUAUGCAUACCACAGAUCAGCGUGGCUGGUAGCAGGCAAAGCGGAUCCUGCUCCGCCCGCCCGCCUGUACGCCCACCCUGACAGCCCUUUCAGCUGUGAAGCUCUGCGCAAACAAGUCAUUUCCUUUGAGAAGGUCAAGUUGACCAACAAUGAAAUGGAUAAAAAUGGACAGAUUGUUUUAAAUUCGAUGCAUCGCUAUCAACCCCGCAUACAUUUGGUCCGGUUGAGCCACGGACAAAGCAUCCCCACUAAUCCAAAAGAGUUGCUAGAAAUGGACCACAAAACAUAUGUUUUCCCCGAGACCGUGUUUACAGCAGUGACGGCGUACCAAAAUCAACUGAUAACUAAACUGAAGAUUGAUUCGAAUCCCUUUGCCAAAGGUUUUCGCGAUUCGUCGAGAUUGACCGACUUCGAUCGUGAUCCAAUGGAAGCCCUGCUGCUGGAACAACAGCUGAGGUCGCCCCUACGACUGUUCCCAGAUCCUCUGAUGCAACAGUUUGCCGCCCAACAAGGAGCUGACCCCACAUCAAUGGCUAUAUUCGAAAAGGCACGCCAGCAUCUGCAAAUGUUCGGUGGAAAUUCGCCCUACGCCCAACUGAUGAUGCCCCAAAUGUACGCUCAACAGGCACCACCUCCGCCCGGUUUGGGCGCCUUCCAUAUGUUCCAGCAACAAUGGCCCCAACUUACCGCCGGCUUCCUAGCAUCUGCCAAUCAACAAGCCGUCGCGCAAGCCCAGGCUCAUGCACAAGCCGCUGCCCAGGCCCAAGCACAAGCUGCAGCUGCUGCCGCAAAUCGCACACCUCCCCCGCCACCUACAGCAUCAACGCCAUCAUCUACCUCCUCAGGCUCACCGUCACCCGACAUGAGGCCCCGACAAUUUCAAAGGUUUAGUCCCUACCAAGUACCACAGCACCCAUCUCAGCCACGAAGCCCCCCAAACCACUAAGGGCGUCGCAUUGUAAGCCUGGGGUCUAAGGACCCUACGAAACCCUUGCCAAAACCAGUAUUAAGAAUCUAAACAACCCCGCCUCUCUGAGGAGGACUUUUGUUUCGACGUUUCACUAGAGUUAUUAUGUUUGUUAAAUUUGUUUGUACAGUUCAUGGUAAUUGUAAAUUUUUGUUUUCUUUUUACUGCUUCGUCCACCGCUCCCACUGCACCUAGUUUAAUUGACAACCAUUUCAUCCCUAACUUAAGUUAUUUAAGACGAAACUCUCCUGUACUCAGUGUAAAUUUAUUUCCUACGAAGCCCACGCUAUGAGCACUCAUUGUAUUUUCGAAUAGCUAAUUUUAGAAUACUUCCUUAUUUUGAACUCUCACAGGAAUACAUAUAAAACAAAUAAAUUUGUACAUAUUUAGCAUAAGUAAAUGCAGCUCAGGACGUGUGUUAUAGCCCACCCCGCCCCAAACUCUAUCGGGCUGUUGUUUACUGAGGGAGCUAUAAACUGAACGUACUUAUUAUUGCCGCAUUGAGUGUAUCUACAUAGGUUAAGUUCUUUGUGUUAGUUUAGUUCGUAGGCCAUUAAUUAAAUAUUUAUAGCUCAAAAGAGCAACAAAUCGAAUGAAACAAAUCUGUAUAUGCCGAAAAGAAAAACAAAUGAUACAUGAAUAUUAAAUCAAAUUAAAAAAUACAGCAUGAAUGGACACCAUAAAAAUCAAGGAAA